AUGGCCGCCGUGACGAAGUUUCGGGCCGCUUGCAAGGCCGGGGUAGCGAGCUGUAUUACGGCCUGGGACUAUCCAACGGCAGUAUUGGCGGAAGAAGCAGAAAUAGAUCUGAUCCUUAUUGGAGACAGCACGGGCAUUGUCGCACUCGGAGAGAAAAAUACACAAAGCGUCACAGUGGAUGAGAUUAUAUACCAUUGCAAAGCAGUUGCUCGAGGUGCCCAAAGCCCCUUUCUUCUAGGCGAUAUGCCAUUUGGAAGUUACGAAGCCUCGCCAGAGCAAGCUGCAGCUUCGGCCAUUCGUAUCGUGAAAGAAGGAAGAGUUGACGGCGUUAAGCUGGAAGGUGGUGCAGAAAUGGCUCCUCAAGUUGCUGCCAUUAUCAAGGCUGGCAUACCUGUCAUCGGUCAUAUCGGAUUGACUCCACAACGAGCUCUGACCGCCAGUCUUGAGUCUGCCGAAGCGUUUGGAUCGACGGCGGAGAGUGCAAAGGCUGUUCUUGGGGACGCUCUGGCACUCCAAAAAGCAGGCGCAAUUGCGUUGGUGCUGGAAGCGGUGGCUAGCCCAGCGGCGGAGAUGAUCACGAAGACAUUGGAUAUACCCACCAUUGGUAUAGGAUGCGGUCCGACCACAUCAGCCCAAAUUGCUCUUCAGUCUGAGUUACUGGGAUAUCGGAGAUCCCUGAUACCCAAGUGGCACAAAAUAUAUGCCGAUGUUGGCGAUCGUUCUGUAGCUGCUUUGAAGAAGUACAGGGAAGAAGUUUUAGCAAAGACAUUUCCUUCCAAGGAGCAUGUAAGUGGUUACCAGUUUGCCUCUCAUUCGUGA